CCGAACUGCCGAACCGUCGGUUUCAAACCAGAGCCCAAUGGGGAGCCCCCAAAGCUUCGACCGCGCUGCGGCGCUCAAGGAGUUCGACGAGGCCAAGACCGGCGUCCGCGGCCUCGUUGAAUCUGGGAUCACCGCCGUGCCCGCCAUCUUCUGCCACCCCAUCCCCCGCCUCCGCCACUCCCCCUUGUCCUCCCCCAUCCUCUCCGUCCCCAUCAUCGAUCUCUCCGUCCCCCGAUCCUCCGCCGUCGCCCUCGCCACCGCGGCCUCCCGCGAAUUCGGCUUCUUCCAGGUCGUCAAUCAUGGAAUCCCCCUCUCCCUCCUUAGUCGCACCCUCUCGGCCGUCCGAUCCUUCCACGAGCUACCUCCUUCCGUCCGCUCCGCCUUCUACUCCCGCUCCACGAAAACUGGCGUCAACUACUCCUCAAACGUAGAUCUUUACCGAUCCACCGCCGCCAGCUGGCGAGAUACCCUCCGGAUGGUCAUGGGGCCGACCCGGCCCGACCCGGAGCGGAUCCCGCCGGUGUGCCGGGCGGAGCUGCUAGAGUGGGACGAGCACGUGGUGACGGUGGGGCGGGUGUUGAUGGGGCUUUUGGCGGAGGGAUUGGGGGUUGAUGCGGGAUCGCUAGAGGAGGCAACUUGCCUGGAGGGGAGAGUUAUGGUGUGCCAGUACUACCCGCCUUGCCCGGAGCCAGAGAUGACGACGGGAAUUGCGGAGCACACAGACCCAGGUGUUCUCACUGUGCUGUUGCAGGAUGACAUCGGUGGGCUGCAGGUAAAGCGGGAUUUGGAGGGAGGGGAGUCCGUGUGGGUGGAUGUGCAGCCGGUUCCGGGGGCGCUCGUCAUCAACGUCGGUGAUCUCCUGCAGAUCAUGUCCAAUGAUGAAUACAAGAGUGUGGAGCACAGGGUGUUAGCUAAUUCAAAUCAAGAACCCAGGGUCUCUAUUGCAACCUUCUUCAAACCAGGAGAUCGUGGGGACUCAAAAUUUUAUGGACCUUUACCUGAACUAAUGUUGGCCGAUAAGCCUCCUCACUAUAGAAACUUCACCUUGGAAGAAUUCAUGGGGACCUUCUUCAGUAAACAACUGCUCAGUAGAAGAUUGCCUAACCAUUUCAAGUUAUAGGCAGAUUGUUGUAACUAUUCAGAUUGUAUCAGCAAAUAAAUCACCUCAAUGUAGAAACUUCACCAUGUCAUAGUUCACUGAGACCUUCUUCAGUGGCCAAUUUCAAGUUAUAGCCUGAUAUCUGUAUGCUUAUUGAAUUCAGAAAUAAUGAUUGCGAUUGUUCA